UCACGGUCUUCGGGUAGUGAGCGUGAUGCUUCGCUAAGGUCUGGGAGAACCAGUGUGCUCGGUCAAGCCGCCGUCUGUAUCACCGAUCAGAUGGCUGACCUUGCUGCCUGGGAUGGUUCCAGCUGUGACCCCAUCACUCGUAAGACCACUCUUACCUGCACUAUGGGUCCCUCUGAUUGGGACAUCGAGACUUUGGUCAAGAUGAUUAACCAGGGACUCAACAUCGCUAGGUUCCACUUAAUGACGCUUCAGGUUUGA